AUGUCUGAAUACUGGAAGUCAACUCCAAAAUACUGGUGCAAGCAUUGCAAAACCUACAUACGGGAUACAAAGCUGGAGAAGACAAAUCACGAGGCUACACCAAAGCAUCAAGGCAACUUAAAACGCUUUCUACGAGAUCUACAUCGAGGACACGAGAAAGAUGAGAAAGACAAGGAGCGGGCAAAAGCAGAAGUUGCGCGCCUCAAUGGCAUGGCAACAAGCUCAGAAAGUGCAAGCACAUCUAGUUCUGGGUUCGGACGAGGGCCAACACCGUCAAUACCAAAACCGCAAGCCACAGCAGCAGACAGGAAAAGACAGUUAGCACAGCUUGCGGAGCUGGGUGUGAGUGUGCCGGAUGAAUUCAGACCGGACAUGGCGAUGGCAGGUGAAUGGACUGUUACUUCACAACGCAUAAUAGGCGACGAUGAUGGGGAGAAGAAGCCGGAGGCAUUAGCUCUUGGAGUACGCAAGAGACAAGUCGAAGAAGAAGAGGAAGACGCGGUCGAAGCGAAGAGGACAAAAUGGGGCAAAGCCCAUCGGACACAUCCAGUUGAGGAAGACGAAACAGAUCUUGAUGCCCUGCUGAGCAAUGUCACACGCAAGGGUAAAGAGCCAGCCGCAAAGGUUGAAAUGGACGCAGAGGUCAAGCAAGAAGUAAAGUCCGAAAUGGAGAAUGGAGAAUUACCAAGCAAUAAUAAUAUUGGACCUAGUGCUGAGGCACAGCAGCCGGCCGGGAUUAAGAAGGAAGCAUCACCAGGAGAUAGUGUCUCAGCUGCCAUACCCCCGGUUGUGAAGCAGGAAGGAGAAGAGCCAGUCCCAACAGGUAUUGUCUUCAAAAAGAGACAAGCUAAGAAUAUUCGACGGAAAUGA